AUGCGGCGGGACAUGCGGGUGGACCUAUGCAUGCAUGCGGCGGAAGACCUUAUAUCGUCGCUGGCGAGGCUGGGAGUGGUGGUCCCGAGGCAACCCGCCCCCAGGGUCGCGAAGCAUGGGGCGGUAGUCGAUUCAGGUGCGGAGGAUGGCAACACGCAGCUAACACGGAUGCAGGUGGAGCACUACAGUAUGAAGCGGGACUUGACGAUCUGGAAGGCAGCUGUCACAGCUGUUGGAGCGGCCAUGGGGUACAGUGUCGAUCAGCUCAUUGCUGGAGCUGCCCACGUCCUGCAGCAGCAGGCUUCUGAUGGGGAAGCGGCGACACCUGGGUGCAGUGGGUCCACUGCACCGUCCACGCCCAACCCACGUGCAGGCGCGCGGGCAGGAGCCCCCGACAGCCCCGGUUCCAAAGGAGACCCUCCUGUGAGUGUUGGCCAGGGUGGUGCUGGCACCACAAAUGUCGAUCUAGGGGUGGUACAUCCCUGCCCGUCCCCGCUGCCCGUGCCGGCGAAGCCGUUGUGGUCGCAGAAGGCAGCCCCGGUGUGUGUGCCCUUCACGCAUGAGGCAGCGCAUACGGUCGUUCAACCAGGUGGGACGAAGCCCGUGGUAUUGGCUAUGCCGGCAAAGAGGAAACGAGACGACACUCCUUCGCCCGGGAGUGAUGCUGAGGGCGCCAUCCCCGCUAGCAAAAGCAAGGGUAAUGGACAGGGUCGGAGCUCCAAAUGGAAGGGUGUGCGGAAAGAGAAACGGGGGAGGUGGAGCGCUAAGAUACUGUUCUGGGAGAAGGAUAAGCCCAAGCGCACCCAGAUGAGGCUGGGUGCGUACAACAAGGAAUUGGAGGCAGCCACUGCGUAUGCAGCAGCUGUGCACGUGGUCAAGGAGGGGCGACGUGUGUCAGGGACAGUGGAGCUGUCGGAUGAGGAGAGGGGGCUGCUGAAGGGGUGCACAUUGUCCGCAGUCAAGAGGCUGGUAAGGGGCAGACAGUGGUUUCGAUGGACAGAGUGGGAGACGGCACUGGCGGACUGUCCGGAGGAGGACUCAGGCGGGGAGGGGGAAACGCACUCCGAUUCACAGGAUGAUCAGGCGGCGGAUGCGCAUGGAGGCGCCGCCAAGGAGGUGGAUACGAAGAUUGAGAUGGGCGGGGUGAAGAAGGGUGUUCCUGAGGCGCAGGUUGGGAGGGGAACGCCGAAUGAGCUCAAUGAGGAGGAGGCGGAUACACUGGACGGAGUGGCAGAACAGGGGGUGGCUAGUGCGGCACAGGGAGCAUCGCAAGUGACGCCGCAGGCGGCGGUUUUGUCAAGCGUCGGCGCAGGAGAUGAGGAUGUCGGCAGCGACGGGGGAGGCGAGGAUGUUCCUGUCCGCUCCAAAGCGGUCGCGUCGGUUAUGGCGGACGAGAACCCGGCCGCGCACGACACGGCGGCGAAGGCGCCGAGGCCUUCGGUGCCGGACAACCCUUUCGUGGCGAUGCCGAGCGUGUCAGGGCAGCCGGCAAGUGGUUCUCGGCGUGAGGAGACGUCAACUAACGACAACGUCGUCAUUAGCCGCGCCGAGCUCGAGGCCCUGAAGGCGGCCAGAGACGACGGCGAACGGCGGAUUGCGCGCCUGGAGGCGUUGCUGCUGUCCGCACAGGAUCCCAGGACGCAUAACAAGAGGCAGAGAUGCUCCGAGGACGCUUCAUCCGCGGAGGGGGAUGAUGUGGAGGCGGAAGCGGAGCACGCGCCGGUCCGCCGUGUGCGCAAGAGGCGCCAUAUGAUAGAGGCGAGCUCUCCCAUACUCCAGGAGGCAUUUGACUUCAAGCCGGCGGGCAAGGCGUGGAAGGUGAGGGUCCAUUGUCUCAUGCGGUUGCUCUGGCAGAAGCACUGCGACUUUGUGCGGGAGUACCUGUUUAUCGAGCGGGGAAAUGAUGCUAUGACAUUCUACCCCAGCAGCUACGACAAGACACUGGGGUUAUGCUGGGUCACGCCACGGCUGACGCUGAAGUUUGCUGCUGUCGCGUUGGCGGCAGACAAAGGGCGACGCGAUGACUUGAACAAGAGUCUGAGCCAGUGGAAGACGGAGGUUGCAGGCCGUGUACGAGACAUUGCGCUGCCGCGCAUUGGACUGUGGCGCGACGAGCGGGAUGCGAAGAGUCCGUGGAGACGCAAGGAGGCCAGGGAGGCCGCGGAGGUGCGGAUUCGCUAUCGCGUUCUGGACGACGUCAACGAGGAUCUAACACUGUCAACCUGGAGCGAGAGCAAGACCGGGAUGAUUUUUGCUAGUGGGGCAUUCACCGCGUGCGCCGCCACCGCAUUCCGGCCAAAGAAGGUCACAGGGACAGUGAAUGUGAAGCUGUACCAGUUGGCGUGGCUCGAGCACGUGGUGACGGACACCAUCCUGAACUGGGACAAGCGCAAGGGGCGUCUGUCAAAUUCAGCAGGCGGCAACGCGCAGGUGGUGAACGGGCUGCAGGAGGUAGCCGCUGCGGCAGUGGCUCAAGCGAUCCAGGAUUUCAAGCCAACGUACGAUGCAGACGAGGCGGCGUGGGUGUGGGGGGAACAUGGGUUGAUGCUGUCGUCGGAUGGGCUUGAGCACCUGGUUCCCGGCCGGUAUGCGCAUAGGGCUCCAGUGGCUGAUGAUAGAGCAUCAGUUUCCCUGCACACAGGGCUCGGGCAUGCACCUCCGUUCCAGUGGCUCCCAUCGCGCAUGCGGUGGUGUUCAGUGGCGGUAUGCGAUAGGCCGUUGCUGGGUCUGGGGCGUCGCGCGAUUGGUCCACGAGGGCUUCCGCGAUGCAACUGCAUUGGUGGGCGAAGUGGGGUUACUAGGGGGUGGGCCAGUCUGUAUUCAACACUUGCGCGCGCACGAGUGGUGUACGUUUCGGCAGGCAACCGUACCGGGCAUGCUGUGCCACCGUUUCAUUGUGCCACGGUGGCGCCACAUUUCACUCGCAUUUCUGCAACUGUUGUCCAUCACUGCGAAGUUGCAAAACCAAAGUAUCCGCCGAGUUACUUUUCUGCAACUUUUCAGCAGCCUACUGGCAAGUCCUUUUUCGCGAUGGCGGCGGAGGUGGCGGAAGUGAAGGCGACGGCGGCGCACUCGGAGGCGCGCAUCAACGACGCCGAGCUGGCGCUCGCCGCGCUCACGAACAGCAAGACGGGGGAGCGCCGCGACGAGCGCGAUGAGGGCGGCGCGAGGAAGAAGCGGAAGCCAGAGGAGUCGCCGGGGAAGGAGGGGGAGAUGGCUGGUGCUGCUGUGGGCACCGAGCAUAAGCUUGCUGUUGGAGGUAGUGCGGCUGAAGGAAAGCUGGAUGAGGCGGAAAGCGAGAGCGAGGAGGAGUGGGGGGCGAAUGGCGAGGAAGAUUUCGACGCGGAGGCUGAGCUGCAGGAGCUGUGUAACCGCGUGGUGGCACUGGAGAAGGAUGCCAAGACAUGGGAGGCCACUCCCAGCGAGACGCGCAUGGACCUCAGCAGCUGUGUGAACCUCACCGACGCUGCUCUCUCUCGACUCACCUCCUUGCGCUCUCUCACGUGGCUCAGCCUUCGAGAGUCCAUUAGCUUCACUGCAGAGGGGUUGACGCAGCUCUACUCCCUCACGAGCCUCAAGUUGCUCGAUCUGGCGGAGACAAAUGCUACGGACGCUUCGUUGGAAGGUAUCAGUAGCUUGAAGGUUCUUAACGCACUUUAUCUUGGUGAUACCAAGAUAACCGAUGCAGGGAUAGCGAAGCUGCGAGGGCUGCCUGCACUCGUGACACUGGCCUUAGAUGGCUGCGAGUCGGUCACCUCUGCGAGCAUGGUGCACGUGGGAAAAUUGACGUCACUCGAGGCUCUCUGGCUGAGUACCACUGCAGUGGGGGAGGACGGGCUGAAGCUGUUGACUGCUCUGACCUCCCUCAAGGUCUUCAGCUUGCCUUCAGGGGUGACCGAUGUCAUUUUGAAGCUUCUGAGGAGCAUGAAGCGCCUGGAGAGGUUGGGGCUGUGGGAUGCAAAAAUCACUGUUGACGGUCUCAAAUGGCUCAAGGGGCUCAAGAGCCUGCAGGUGAUUGCAACUACGUUUGAGAACGUAGAAGCCUUGAUCAGGGAUAGCUUCCCCGAGAUGAUUGUCACAGAAGGUCCUAUCUGA